GGCUCUCCUUUGCGCUCGCCGCAGCUUCCGGUACAAGAGCCGAGCGCCGGAAGCCCAGGCUGUCGCGACUGGCUGUGGAGUGCGCUGCCGUCCUGCCUGGUGAGAACCCAAGUGAGACCCGUAGAGCCGCAGGCCUUAGAGACGCGAGGUUUACUGCUGAAGGUGCUGAGAAGCCGAUUGGGUAUCUGAGAGAGGAGUCAUCAACAUGGAUCCAAAAACUGAACACGAACCCGAAUCCAAAAGACUGAAGAUCACACCAUCAAUAACGGUACCGACACAACAGCUACCUUUAAACAUGCAGCCAAGCAAAGGAGGCAAGAAAAAGGAAGGAGCAACAAAAAGCACACUACGCGUAAAUCCCCCGACAUGGAGUCAGAUCCAGAACUUGGCAAGCAAAGCUCAGGGAGUGAUUGAGAAGCAGGGGGUCCCUGAGACACCAGCUACCAUGUUUAUGGCAAUGCUGGCUGUUCUAAGUUGUCAGUCAAAUGCAGUCUCGUCAAAUCCCAGUUCCAAUACCUCCAAGUAGACAUGCAUCAAUUGCAGUUAAAAAAUAAGGUGGAGAUGUGGAGAGCAGAUGAGCCCCUGGUUGAUGUCAGCUGAUCCUGUGGUGUUGGCAAAAGUCAAGUCUGGGAAACAUUCCUUGCCAAAAAGGCAAGGAUGCAGCAGGAUGUUCCUAGCAUUGCAACAGUAGGGUAACUGCAGAAAUAGUUCUACUUCUGUAACUUUUUAGUGUGCAGAGAAGACUCUUGGUAACUCACAAGACUUGAACAAUUUACAUUGCCCCUCUAGUUAAACUUCCUAAUUAUGAGACCCUUUAUAAUAAACUUGCAAAGCUAGUUCUGGGUCACUGUUCCCCCAUCAGAGUGUCCCAGUGUCCCAUAGUCCCAGCUUUACUUCAGAAUGUCUCUGUUUUUCUCCAUCUCCCAUCACCCCUACUUGAGGUCCUUUGUUGAUGCUGCGUGGGUCUGGCAGAGAGCUGAGUUCUACAUUAAUGAAUAACUCAAGUUUGUCUACAGAGAAGCUAUAAGAAAAAUCUCUGUUCAGAGAAAAAUCAGCUUUCCCCCUUCAUUUCAGGCAGUCCUUGUUAUAAUUCUUUUUUUUUUUUUUUAAGGUUUUUAAAGGUAGACAUAAUACAUUUAUUUAUUUAUUUUUAUGUGGUGCUGAGGAUUGAACCCGUCGGCCUACGUGUUCAAGGCUGAGCUGUAACCCCAGCCGCCAUGCAUUAUAAUUCUGGAGCAAUUCUCUUUGAGUUCCCAAGAACCCAGACUUGCUUUUGCUAUUGACUUGGCAGAAGUUCCUGCAAAGCAUUUUUUUUAACUUUAUAUUUAGAAAUAAUUUUAAUCUUAUAUAGUUAUAUAGAAUUCCUGAAUUGUCUCUUAUUCGGAUUCCCCCCCACCCUUUUUUUUUAAAAUUUAGAUACAGGGUCUCACUGAGUUGCUUAGUACCUCCCUGUUGAUGAGGCUGGCAUGAUCCUCCUCCCUCAGCUUUCUGAGCUGCUGGGAUUACAGGCAUGCUCCAUUGUGCCUGGCUAGAUACAUCAAUUUUUAAAAAAUAGUUGAAGAUGAAAAAAAUACCUUUAGUUUUAGGAUAGAACCUAGUGCCUUACACUUGCUAAAAAAGGCGCUUUAGUAUUAGAGCCCCAGCCCCAGCCCAGAUUCAUCAAUUCUUAACAUUUUGACCCAUUUAACAUUCUCUUUACUGCAAGCCUACUAUUUAUAUUUAUGAAAUAUUCUAAAAUAGCUUACCCCAAAUUUCUGUAUGAAUUACUAAAGAACAAGGAUCAUUUUUUUAAAUAAAGAUGUUUGACACUGA